AUGGCAGACUUAAUCCCGACAUCUACUCUCUGCGAUGUCUGCACCGGCAUCUUCGCCGGAAAUUGGCAGCCUCAGCUGAGAGGCUGGAAGAGGGCCAUCAAGAGGCCAAACGCCCCACCCGAUCCGAUCAACCCGGAACCAGCCUUCGGAACGGCGUACGACCACGGCAUGGAGCCGUACGUGCACCGCACUGGCGCUCCGCCGACGCUCUCCUAUCCGCACUACUCGGUUGAGGAUCUGCGCAAGUCGGGGGCGUCGUGUGCGCUGUGCCAGACGGUGGUAUUGGCGUUUGACGCGCUUCAUCCGCGGAACGAUAUCGGCAUGGAUUAUAUGGAGGGGCGGAAGCCGUAUGGUGUAGCCGCCUGGGGCCAGGAGGAGAUUGCAAAGGCCAAGGGAUAUGUCUUUAUAUACACUGAGAAGAACAAGACCAGCAAGCUUAUUUUCCGCUAUCAUGUGUACGCGGACUGGGCGGCGAACAGGAACAUGGAUGUGAAUCCGAUAGUAGGAGAGCGGGAGGGCAACGUGAAGGAUGUGACGCUAGAUAUUCAUGGUGAUAACCCAGAUUUGUCCAAGGAGGAGAACAAGCACUACAUUGCUUGGAUGGAUCAAGGAACCACGAUAGAACGAGUCCACCGGUUUCUCAACGACACGAGCGACUUCGCCAAGGAUUUACCCAAGAACCUUGUUCGACAGCUCCCAACACGCCUUCUCCAUCUGACUGCCGGAUCGCCAGGACCGAUGGUGCGACUAAUUGAUGGAGCAAACGUUUGUCUCGACGUCAACACCCCUUAUAUUGCCCUCUCCCACAGCUGGGGCAAUACCAUGCCCAUCCAAUUAAUUGCAUCGAGGCUCACUGAAUUCACCAAUGAGAUUGCGUUUAGUGAUCUACCUGCAACAUUUCGUGACGCCGCGGCUUUGACGCUCGAGCUGGGUGUCUCAUACCUCUGGAUUGACUCCCUUUGCAUCAUCCAAGAUUCCGCUUCCGACUGGCUCCACGAAGCACAGCGCAUGGCAUCCGUAUACGCCUUUUGCCAUCUCACCAUUGCCGCAUCAGCCUCCAAAAAUCCCACCACGGGCUUGUCGCCAAGCCCUCGACCUCGUACCGUCAUCAUCCGUCCGACGUGGACCGGAUUUAUCCAAGAAUGGGGAUUGCAGCCCGGUCAGACACUCCGAGUUACCAAUCCGUGGUACCAAGACUUUGGCAACACGAUUGUCUCUGCUCCCCUCAACCGUCGCGGGUGGACCUAUCAGGAAUAUGCGCUCUCCCCACGCGUGCUGCACUGCACAGAUGGUGAAUGGUGGUGGAACGGUAUCAGCGAUGAGAUCUAUCGUGAGACAUCUACCAACCCCACUAGGUUCUUUACUGGCUCUGGGAGUAUCACUUGGCCAGAUAAACUGUCUUUUUUCAACAAGGAGAGGCGGCGUAUAACUAGAACUCCGGAUGUUUGGUUCUGGGAUUACCUCACUUCUCAAUACAAUCAACGAGCUCUGACAAAACGAAAGGACAAGUUGGUGGCAUUUGGAGCAGUGGCCCAGCUCUUUGGUCAAAUUAAUGGCUUGCCCGUAGACAAGCCCGGCGAAUAUGUCGCCGGAGCAUGGCGAACCUAUCUACCUUUUGGGCUCCAUUGGAGCAUAGGGGAGAAUGCAGAGCGACAUGUCAGCCAGCCAGGCUCUGAAGAUGAGGACUAUGUGAUUCCAUCAUGGUCAUGGGCUUCCAUAGAUGGUCUGGUGCGCUUCCACGAUGGCAAGUCGCUGGAGAAGACACGAGAAGAGCAAACUAAAGGCAUGCCGCGACUGGUGGAUGUAAACGUAGUAACCGAAGGAGGGCACUUUGGGCCAGUAAAAAGUGGUUACAUCGUAUUGCACGGCCCAAUCUUUCGAAUCCGCGUGAGCAAAAAGGCGAGGGACCACAAGCAAAGCGGAUUCUAUCGCAAUUUUAGGGUCCUACGGAGCGACGACUCGGAAGCAUGGCAGCAUGACGGACAGGCCUUCUCCCUCGACACAUGGAAAGGCAAGCUGGACGAAUGGGCGGACGACCGGGAGAUGUAUUUGAUGAUAGCCGACUUUGACAAGGAAGAUGAAUAUGGCUCUGCAUUUGCCAUUUUGUUGGAACUUGCUGGGGGCGUAACGAAGGAGAAAGGCGUAUUUCGACGGAUUGGAUCGACCCUGUUCUACUUCCAUGGCCUCACGAAGCUUAUGAAGGAUGUGAGGCAAGACGGUAACGAAGCGCUGAGAGACGGGGAAUACAUGGACAUUGACCCCAAGACCGGCUUCUAUACGUAUAAAAUCGUCUAA